AUGCCAGCGCAGACUCAGGGCCUGCCACUGCCUAACACGAAUUAUUGGCUCGAGGUGUGGCGCACAGCUGACGAGAGCACAACUGGCAGCUUGGGUGCCGCGUGUGCGCUGGGGCCAGCGAUGGAACAAAUUCGAUCGGUACGGGAGCGGGAAAGGGCAUAUGUUUACGGCGGCGGAGGAAAAAGGGCGUCUUUGUUACUUGCACGCAGCGUAUGUGGCAGUACUGAGGCUGUCACCCCCGACAGUGGGGGUGGGCGGUCGACAAGGCGUGCAGCUAACGACCACAGAGUGCCAACGUCAACUUCUCUGCUCUCUGGCGAGGAUGAGAUCAGGCCCACGCACUCCAUCUACGACAACAACAAUGGCGAGUCAGUCCCCAUUCCUCACAUCAGCGGCCUUACUGCUAUUGUGCGUCAAUGGGAGACACAGGCUGCUGUUGUUGCUGCCAGCAAUGGGUACAUGGGAUGUCGCCGGCGACUGGUUUGGUGCGAUAGUAACGAGUCUCUGGACGACGAGGACGGCAGCGAUGAGGGGGAUGCUAUGCCUAUGAUAAAGGAGACAGCACGCCCCAAGCAUUCCGGCAGAACUUUUCAUUUUGAGUAUUCUUCUGCACGGGAUAAUUCUCACAAGAACGACGAGGAGUGCUUCGAAGUGGAAGAGGAUGAAGACGAGGGAGAUGAUGUCGGGGACACAAAACACUUUGGGGAAGAGGGCUACCUCGCCUGUGUUCCGGGUGACGUUCUCCAAAAUCGAUUUGCAUUGGUCUGUCAGUUGGGCCGCGGUCGCAGUAGUUGUGUGUGGCUUGCAGUGGACCUAUAUCAGUGCACUGUUUCCCGCAGUCAGCUCAUCUGUGAACUUGACGAACAUCACACGCACAAGCAUUUUUCAACCUUGGAUCAACCAUUCUUGGUUGCCAUUAAGGUGUUCCGUUGCGGUUCGAUGUAUGAGGAACGUGCCCAACGUGAGGCGUUGAUGUUGACGUACAUUAGGGAAUUUAAAAAUGCAGUGCGGCUACAACGGCAUGUUUCCAUUCCUUGCCACGGUGUGGAAUCACGUAAGAUCUCCACCGUGAACUCCUUGUCAGCAGCAUCGACCGGGGAUGGUUUGCCUGCCAUCUUCUUUGGCUGCGGCUGUUACUUUGAAAGCGGCUUUCAAAGUAACAGUGAGGAGAAGACCCGAGCAUUUGCAGCAGGCCAUCUGUCCUCUAUGCGGGACCGAUUUACUCACCAAGGUACAUUUGGUGUGCAUCACUGCAUUGUUAUGGAUGUGAUGAAGGCUUCUCUGGACACCGUCAUAAGUGAGUGCGGGCCUGGGGGGGCACUGGUAAGUGCCGCCAGUAGUAUUAUUCGCUCAGUGUUGGAGAGCCUUGCAUUACUUGCAACGAUGCAUAUUCUUCACACAGACAUUAAGCCUGCAAAUAUUUUUUUUGUGGACUGCGAAGCGGACGCGAGAAGCGGCCUAAAAACCUUCUUUACAGAACACGUUGGUGAUUCUGUGUCGACCGGGCCAAAGUUGCCAGCGUCGCGCGAUCGCGAGUCCACGACUUGUUCCUCACGAACUGGAGCAGGCGGGAGCCCCGUCGUGUCACCGCAGCCAUUUUUAAAUAUCGUUGGGACCCCUCGCACGGGGCGCAGUCGAAGUACCUGCAACACCGCUUGUGAGAUGUUUAAGGGAGCGGGUCCGUCUUGGGCAAGAGCGAACUCCCCGUACGCGAUACAACUGGUUGACUUUGACCACGCCAUGAUGCUGCCUCCCUGUUCGAGUCAGGGCCAUGGCGCCAUCCUCAAGGAUGGGUCAACCAGCUGCAGGAAAUUUAGGGAAACAGUGGAAGAUGAGGCUGUGCCCAACGCCAACACUAACAGUCUACCCAUCGGUGACAGUUGUUCUUCCCUCAGCAUGUCAGGAAUUGAUUCGUCUGGAGCCAAAGGAGGCAGCUCGAGUUUCGAACUAUCGCGUCAUUUUGCGUUCUCCCUACGCUUGCCCUCCUCAUCCGUGUGCACAACGAGCCUUGUGGAUGACUUGGAGCGGGAUCUUUUAUCACGACAAUGCUAUAAGCGUGGUGUGUCGCUUCAGUCACGAGAAUACCGCUCUCCAGAGAUCAUAUUGGGGAAGGACUAUAAUGCAACUUUGGAUAUUUGGUCUGUGGCCUGCAUUGCUUUUGAGCUUGUCUUUGGUCGUCUUCUUUUUGAUUGUGUUCGGGAUUUUAUGGAGGCCUCAGAACGGGAGGAGCAGCAGCAGCAGGCAAGGACACCAAAAGAACAAGAGCAGAAUCCUUCCAUUGCUGAUGAAUUUCAAGGAACUAAUGAAGCGGGCUCCGCUUCUGUGGAGCAUGAUAAUGAGCGUGGUGACGAGGAUUUUUGGUGUCGUGCUGGUCACUUCGAUGCUCGUGAAAAGAACAUUGACGUGUACCACUUGCGUAGCAUGAUAUUUCUUCUUGGGCCCCCUGCGCCGCGCUAUAUUCUUGCUACACCUUUGGGUGAAUAUGUGCGAGAUUUUUUUGAUUCUCAUGGUCGGUUUAUCUUCCUUAGUAAAUCUGAGCAAAUGCUGCUGUAUUGUAAUGAUAGCAAUGAAAUGAAAUCAUUUUUUUCGUGUGCUUGCUCUGGCGGUGAUGCUUCCGAGCAGUUCUCGGAAGUAGCACACAAGGCCAAGUCCGUAGAUGUCUCGUUAAAUGGAGGCACCGCUGAGCGACACGUUUCGACGGUCCAAUGUUGCUGCCGUGGGGUAACUCCGGCCUGGAUGAGGCUGCGGAAACAAAUUCAGCAGCGGCUGGGGAAGGAGGAGGGGACUGCGUUUGAAGAUUUCUUAAGGAGGUGCCUGCAAUGGAACCCGGAAGAGCGCCGAGGCGCACACGCCUUGCUGCGGGCCCCGUGGGUGGCUGCUGCCGAAGAUGCGACGUUGGGUAGUGUUGCCUGA